UCUCGUGUAACUUUUAACUGUCUGAUUGAUUAUCCGAAUAUAUAUUAUAAAAAUUCGCCAGUAUGUUGAAAUAAUAAUUGUAAGAUGCGAUAAAAUUGCGCGUCAUAAUUGCAACGGUGCUUGUAUAUAUGUAAAAUAAAAAGAUGGGAUACUAUUGCGCUUGGGGAGACGCGAAGAUGAGGUGCAGCUCCGAGGAGGAGGGUUAUGAAAAUCGUGCCACUGACAUUGGAGAAAAGAGAGGAGGACGUGCCUCGAACAUCCACGGAGAAGCUCCAUCCAUUCCGACUCCACCGAUCUCGGAUGAUACCGAUCGACAAUUCUGGGCAGAGGAUGAGCUGAGCAGCUCAGAGUCGCGGCAGAAAUUAACUGCAAGGAGAAAACGUCGGCAUAGCGUUUCGUAUAGGAAUCGCACCGCGAACAAAAGUCGAUCCCAUGCUCCUCGUCCUUCGAAUUCUAGCUCCGAUUCGGUUAACGCGGAGACUUCGGCUAAAGUUCGCAGAAUACGAAGACGUUGGUUGAAUUCUAAACUAGAAAAAUUGCAAUCGGGAAAAGCAUCGUGCACCAGUACUGAGGAAACUGCUUGCACAAUGAAUAAAGUGGUCUCUUCAGAUCAUCAGGCUGCAUCUACUUCUAGCUCGCGCCUCGAGAGUCGUGAAUCACUUUUGUGGCAAAAAAAUCAUUGUGAACGAACGGAUAACACAUUACGAAACGUUAAAAAAGUCCGUCUGAAAAAAACACGUGAUUCACCUAAAUCUAAAUCGAAAUAA